UUGGGUGUCAAUGAAUUGCGAGGGCUGAACUUGUGAUGCAUUUUGAGCCAAGUGUAACCACAGGAAGCCCAUGCCACACUUGUUAUAGCAGAGGGGAGGAGGAAGAUGCACACUUCUCGCGUCAGUGACUCAGUGAGAGAGGGAAAGAGCUGAAGUUGCGAGAGAGAGUCCGAGCUCCUUAUUCCCUCCCCCCCACCCCUCCUCAAGUCUCACCGAGGAUCAUGUUCGUGUCCAAAGCUGUCAGCCGGCUGAGCCGCAAGCGGCCACCCUCAGAAAUACAUGAUAAUGAUGUACGUGCAAGUGGUAGCCAACAGAAUGCAACAGGAACCUCAAAGUGGGCCAUUUCAUUAGAAAAUCUCCUAGAAGACCCAGAAGGAGUAAAACAUUUUAGGGAUUUCCUCAGGCGUGAAUUUAGUGAGGAAAAUGUUUUAUUCUGGUUGGCAUGUGAGGAGUUCAAGAAUAUUCAAGACAAACAGCUGCUUCAUGGUAAGGCACAGCAGAUCUACAAAACCUUUCUGAGCAGUAAGGCUGCAACACAAGUAAAUGUGGAGGGACAGUCUCGUAUCAGUGAGAGCAUGCUGGCACAACCACACCCGUUCAUGUUUCAGAAACUGCAAGAACAGAUAUUUACUCUUAUGAAAUAUGACAGUUACAAUCGUUUUCUGAAAUCUGAUUUAUGCCAACAAGUCAAGCGACUGGAAGAAAGUGGAAAGAAUUCCCCAGACAAUGAUGAAACUGUCCCGAAAAGGGCAUCCAGGAUUUAUAAUCGAUAACUGAACAUGUGGACUAGCUGCAUAACAACAGUGUGCUUUCUUAGCUUUACUUGCUCGUGGACCCUAAUGAUGCCUAUCUGGUUAAAUGUUGACUGUAUUGAAGAAAGGGAUGUGUUUGUGCUUUGUAUAUGAUGAUACUGGGUGUUCUCAGCUAAGGUGCAUGUGUACACAACUAUAGCACUGGAGCUGUGAACAAUAGCACCUAAAUUUCAGCAUCAGGGUGGAUGAGUAGACAUUUUGAAUUCUACCUCGGCCUCUCUGAUGUGAAAAGCAACAGUACUCUCUUGUGGUUAUGAUUUUCUGGUACUACACCAAGAUAGCCAUCUGCCUUAUAAUGCUUUCACCACCUAUUGCUGGAAUUCAUUACUGUUCAAGUUUCUGCACAUGAAGACAUUCAUCAAUUGCUUUAGACUACUGAAUAUCCUGAACUAAGAACUAUUUAAAAACAAUCACCAUUCAAAAAAAAGCAGAUAGAAUUUCACUUGUAUAUGUUUCUCAAUCAUUUAAUUUUAUUCAAUAAGCAGCUCACUAUCAAACUGGCAACAUAGUGGAUUAUCAUCACAAACCAUAAUAGGAACUAUUAGUGCCUUUUCUGUUUAAUGACAUUUGAUAAUUUUAACAGUAAUAUGCUGUACCUUCAUUACAAUAUGGUCCAUGUGCCCGUUAUAACUAGAUGUGUACUGUGGCCAAUUUUAACCAAAUAUAAACUAAAAACAUUGGAAUCCGAGUAGGUUUGUAAUUCAUAAACUAAUAAGGGUGAAUUGAGCUUUCUAAUGAGGAUGGACCUUAUUUCAGAUGAAUCAAUAUGGAGAUUACAUUUAGUAUCUUUACUUAUCUGAUCAAGUCAAUGUGGCAAAAUUAUGCAGUGCAAUAUUAACAUACAAAAUUCCUUCAAAGAAAUGUGAUAAAGCUUUAUUAAAAUAACACCAAGAAUUUCAUAUGUGUUGGAUGUUCAUAUUCAAAUGCCAUUUGCUGCAAUUUUAUCCCACUUGUAUUUAAUAAUUCCGGUUGAAGAAAAGGGGUUAUUCAUUCAGCUAGCUGUCUGAAAAUAAACAGACACCCACUGUACUGAAUGAAGUGCUUAGAACUUAUUUUAUUUUUAAUUUGUCUUGUAUUGGAUAAGCUUUAUAAGACCUAUUGAUUGCAUCAAAGGCUAUUGCAAGAUGUAUAUAGCAUAAAUUUACUGGGUAACUGUGCCAUCUUUCAUCCCCAAUAGCAUUGUACUGUACAUACUCAUAUGUGCUACUAAAAAUCACAAGUGCUAGAAAUCCAAAUCUGCAGUUCUGGAAAGAGGUGAAAUGGUGAGAAGGCAUAAGAUGUAUCAUGCAAUUUGGAUGAAGUGACCUUAAAAGACCAUUUCCAUCAUUCAUGUUACAUUUCCAUUUGAUGUUGCUGUUAGGAUAUUGUAUUCUUUGCAUAUGAAAACAAAACAACCGAAAGCACAUGGCGGGGUCCACUGAACAAACUACAUUUUACAAAUAAAAGAAUGGGAAAGCAAGAUCCAUAUUCAACUGCCUUGAAUCCUUAAAAUAGUUGCAAGACAUGUCUGUUGACAUGAUGGCUGUCACACAAGUCUCAACAAGAAAACAGUCAAAAUCUCAGGUCACAUUCAUGCUUGUGUUCUCCGGUGGUGUUGAUGCUGAGGCUGAUGUGUGCAUGGAACAUUCACCUACAUUUAUAAUAUUCAUUGAUAGCUAUGAUGUUUGAGCUUUUAGUUGAGUCUAGCUCUCCUUUUUGCUCCAUAAGUAUCAGACAUUGAGCUUAGAAAAUAUUUUACUCCUUUGUGAAUAGUAACAUGCCAACGUAACUGAUCAAUGGUAGUGUGUUCCCAAUACUCUAAUAGCAUAACAAAAUUGAUCAGAUUUUGCUUUGGCAUGUCCCUGAAAUAUUUAUGUUGACCGCUUUUCCUAGGUUUACCUCCUUAACCUCACCACAAAAGAUCUAUUUUGGGAGCAAUCUCAACCACUCGCAUCACAUGGUCAAUUCAGCACAUUUGAGUCUUUGUCAGCAUUGCCUCAAAGUCAGUUGUGUUUGCCUGUGCCAGAAUCUUGUUGCUGAUUAUCUUGUUUUGUCAUUCAAUAUCCAUGUGCUGUACAGGGGCAGCUGAUGAAACCCAUUCAGUUGUUUGAUAUGCUUUCUGUAACAAACCCAAAAUUCUUUUGAUAUCAGACAAUAAUGAUUACUUUUAAGGUCUUUCAAAUGUAUACUAUGUAAUGAUGUAUAAAACAACUACAAUAUGUUUGUACAUUUAUGUUUUACUACACCAGGGAGGCAGACUCCCUGGAAUGAUGAAAUGUCUUGUAUUGUCAUGAUGCAUUGCACAAUGCACUGGUUUGUGGUAAGCUUUGAAAGUUCUCAUAAUUUUAAAGAACCAAACUCAUCAUUGUCUUUGGCACAUAAAGUCAAUGCCAGUAGGAGUGCAUGGCCCAUGGUAUGAUAGCCUAUUUAUUCUGUUGAAAUCCAAUUGUAAAUUUUAAUGUGGUUGGCGCUAAUUUGUUGCUUUUGACCUGCUAAAGAAAAGCUGAGCUUUAUUUCUGCUGUGUUGUGCUCCAUUAAUGACUCUGCUAGCCAAUCUGCUCCCAGGCCUAUAUGAAUGCCACUUUUUAACAGACUGCUAGGCAAUGCAAAGGGUGAUCCAUUCAUUCUUUGAUUUUCUUUCCCCCUUUCCUGUUAGGAAGUGCCAAUCUUAUACUUGAUACUCCCUGCUUGAGAUCAGGAACUCAAUCUGUGGGGAAUUAUGAGUGGAACUUACACCAAAGCACUGCGUGGCAUACCAAGUUGGUACAUUAUCACACUACGCUGCUAUACUGCUUUGAACUAUCUUUCCAAAAACAUGUUAAAGAUCAUGGUGACCACUUAUAUUUGUUGCAGACCAUGGUAUAUCAUUAAUAUAAUCAAUGGCUUAAAGAGUUGAAAUUGCAGGUUUAGGAGGGACCUUCAGGACUAAUUUAUGAUGUUCAAAAUCUUACAAAUAUUUGAAUUCAGGAGGGUUUUAAGAAUUAUUUUUAGACAAAUUCCAUGUGUGUUGAUGCUGGUUGUGUUUACAUUAAAAUAUUUGUCAGUUAGUGUGAUUAGUUUUUGUAUUUGUAUAUAAGUCUUGUAUUUGUUAUGUUUGAAUAUUAAAAUUCAAUGUUGCCUUGCUA